UCAAUAAUUCAUAUCCAAUCGGAACCAACCCGCGUCUAAUGUCUAGUUUGGAAUAUUAUCUAUCCGGUCGACUAUACUAUCAACUGGUAGAGUGUGUCCAUUAUAUACAUCAACUAAAACCUAAACCAUUAAUACAUACCGACUUAAAACCGGAUAACAUAUUGAUUGUUGGUGUCGGCGGCAAAAAACAAUUGUCAAACAUUGGCUAUUAUCGUGACUAUCGGCUAAAACUGGCCGAUCUAGGACUGGCCACUGUUGUCAAUGAUAAUAAUAGUCAGUGUUGUUUCAAAGGUACACCACGUUAUAUGGCACCCGAAGUUCGUUGCAAUGGACACUAUAGUCAAAAAUCCGAUGUCUAUAGUCUGGGUAUUAUUGGCGAACAAUUGUUCAAUAUAUGUAUACCAGAACCCGAAACAAUUAACAGCUACAUUGGACACAAUUUAUAUGAUAAAAUAAAUUAUUUAGCUAAACAAUUGCGAUUAAUUACAUCAACAAAACCAUUAGAUAGACCUAAUUGUUCACAAAUUAUUGACAAUACUGAUGGAUGGUUAAUAAAAUUUGAUGAAAUUUUGAAUUCAGAAAAUUUUCAUAACGAUCUAAAUAUGCUUAAACUUAAUGAUUAUAAAUUAAUUUAUGAAUUAAUUAAAAUCAAUGUCUAA